UUUUGUUUUUCCUGCAAUCUGGUCGCUGUUAUUUGCUUAUUUCGACUGUUUUUCUCUCUCUCCCUCCGUUGUUUAUACUUUAAAACGCCCCCUAAAAAGUGAAUCCAAUUCUGGUUCUGAAGGGCAGAGAAAAAGUGCGAGCCUUUGCACUUGUAUGCAAUAUUCAUAAAGUAGACUUUAAGAUUAUAUUACUGUGUGUGUGAGCUGCCGAUCUGGGGGUGGAGGGUGGGUGCGUUUUGUGCGGCUUUUUAUGCUCCCACAUUAUGCGCGUUUGUUGUCACACUCGGGAGCACCAUCUCGUCUCUCGUUCCCCCGAAGGUGGCCUGUGCUGGGUGUGAGCAACAACCCCGAGGGCUGCCCUGCAGACAUGCCAUCAUCAGAUUUCUGAUCUUCUGGUCGUCUUUCACUCACCCUCCUCCUUUGGGACAUUUGAGGUUGGGAUUUGGUGUGUUGGAAUCUGAACGGAACUGUGUGGCGAAAUUUUAAUUCAUUAAUGGUGCUUUUUAACAUGAAAGUUUGUCAAGAUGUUUAAUUUUUUUGAAAAUGUUCAAGACGUUUUUGGAAUUUUUUGAAAAAUCUAAUGAGAUUUUUUUUCUGCUUGAUAUUCUCUUCUAAGAACUAUAAACCAAAUUUUCCAGAUUUUAAGAGACUCACUUUCUCUUCCUUUCCCUCAGAUGAGACUUUCCUGCGAGGGUUCUUCCCAAGCCACAACAGCAACAGCACCAAUGAUCACGACGACGAUGAUGAUGAUGUUUGGGUUUGGUGCGUGGGUGGGUGAGGGUGGUGUGAGUUUGCAGAAAAUUCCAAACUCAGAUAAGGCAAAAGAAUAAAAAAAGAAGCUGGAGAGAAAGAAAGCAGAAGUGAAACCCUCUCGCAUAUUUUAUUUUUGCUUGCGUAAACUUCAUUCCGAUUCAGAGAGGCAUGUCAAAUUUGAAUAUAAAUUUAAUUUUACCGCUUUCAAGAUCAUACAAAUCCACGGUACUGGUCCCCCGGGGGCCAGCGAUGAACUCUUUUGAGACGAUGUCGUAAUCGUUGUCGGUGCCGUGAGGCAGUAAUACGGAUCGAAAUGUUUUAUGGCAGAAAGAGAAAGGAGGAGAUUUCUCCAGGGUCAGUGGGUUAAAGAUAAUUUAGGUUUUUGUUUCGAGUACUCACCAGCAUUUCAAGUCAAGGCAUCAGAGGGCUUAGGAAAGUUUUUUUUCGACAAAAUUGGUAGAACAAAAUUAGAUUGGGAUUGAAGUUGGAGUUCGAGAUUGCGGCCCUUUGAGUCCUUACCUUGAAAUCCGUUUAAUGAUCCAACUUAUCAAAGUAGUCAACAUUUUGUACGAACUCCUUCAAAAAUAUGUCAAACAUAAAAUUUCUUCGAAAAUGCCCUCCAGCCUGUAUCAAUCGUUUCGCGAACAAUUGGUUCAAAAUUUGGAACCCGCCGUCUGCCAGCACCUGUUCCGUGUGUAUGCGUGCAUGACCCUGGCAUGUGCCGCCGCAGCUGCCGGAUCAAUUGUCCACCUGGUGGGACUUUGGUCAGCCGGCCUUCUAUCCUGGCUGCUUCAACUGGCCACCUGUGUGGCACUGUUCCAGAUCCCUCCGAGCGGCGAUAACCGCGCACUCCGGCUGGGUUUGCUGUUGGCCACGGGGGCACUAACGGGCCACCUGUUGGGGCUGACGGUGGAGUACGCGCUGGUCGUCGACCCGGGAAUCGUGGUCACCGGGCUGGCGGGAACUACCGUGAGCUUCGCCUGUUUGAGUCUGUCAGCCCUGUUGGCACGCCGUGGGAGCUUUCUGCUUCUGGGAGCGGUUCUUUCGAACAUGAUGGCUUUGCUGCUGGUGAUGGUCCUCGGGAACCUGUUCCUGCAGUCGUGGUUCGUGCACAAGAUAAGCCUUUACUUGGCGAUGGCCGCGAUGUUGGGAUUUGUGCUGCUCGACACCCAGCUGAUUGUAGAAGAUUUCCGCCAAGGAAACGAAGACUACGUGGUCCACUCGUUGAAGUUGUUCUUUUGUGCGGUGGACAUAUUCCGUCUGUUGGUGUCCAUCCUCAUAGGAAAACGAAGCAACUCUGGAACCCGUACUGAACAUCGCGAUUAAGUGUAUUAGUUUCGAAAUAAAGCAUCCUCUUUUGGCCGGAAAUAUUCAUUUUCUGUCUAAUGAAGCCCGCCAGUCGAUGUCAGCUAACUCUCAGAUCCAAUAACUGUGCCGGCAACCGGAGCUCGACAUUGUCCCGUUGAACUGGGCCAUCAUCAUCUGCUGUGUGCACUGCUGUCCCAGCGCAGCUGACUGUAUUCAACAUCCGAGCUAAAUUAUUCGACAAAUUCCCUUUGGCAAAGCUGCUGGCUGCCGGCUCCUGCCAGCGAGCGCACAAUCGAAUCCAAUGAAAUCCUGUCAUGUAUUUUGCCCAUAACAAAGGGAAAAUCCCAUUGACAAUUCCAACAUCCUGUCCUCGCAUUGUAAUUUCCCAAUACCCACUGGGCAUUGGCCAGGUUUUCCCACCAUCACCACCCCCUGCUGGAAGGAACAGUACGACCUGGUCUGGUAUGCAAUCAUGGAUGAGUUCCGAGACCAUUCAUCCAUCCAUCCGACCAGGGAGAGCACGGUUCUGUUCUGAGCUGUACAUGCUCCUGACACAUCGAUGUCAAAUGCAAAUUAAAUUUUCACCACAUCAUCAAAAUCUAUAACGAAAACGGAUUGAUUGACAGCGAAAGCAUCAUGAGUUUCUUUCGGAAAAAGGGUGACCUAGAUCGAGG